AUGCUCUCAGUGAUGCUAAAUUCAAAGCUUAGCCCUUGCCCCAGUAUCAAGCAGGAUAUCACCGAAGCCUCAAGCCAGACGACGAAUACCAUGGAGCCCUCCCCUUCAUCUGAGUUGGAUGCCAUAAACAUCAUUGGCCAUGACAUGAGGAGCCUGGUCAAGAAGAUCCAAGAGCUGAGACACAUCGGGAUCGAGGAUAACAAGAUCGCCCUCCCGAAAAUCUGUGUCAUCGGCGAUCAGAGUACCGGGAAGUCUUCCCUGAUCGAGGGUAUGUCGGAGAUCAAGGUGCCAAGAAGCGCGGGUACCUGCACGAGAUGUCCUAUGGAAAUCAACUUGUCUGAAAGUGAGCCGGGUCAGCCGUGGACUUGCCGCGUUUACCUGUCCAGGAAGUACAUGUUCGAUGGCUCCCAAAAAAUUACCAAAAUUCCGAGACGGUCAAACCCUCUGGGGCCAUGGAUAGAGCAAGAUCAAGAAGACGAGCUUUUCACGACCAUCACCGAGAAAAGUGAUGUCCAGGAGGCCAUCAAAUGGGCGCAGCUGGCGAUUUUGAAUCCGAGUCACCCACCCAGCGACUAUAUUCCCGGGCAGAAUGCAGCCACGGGACUCCAUCAGCAAGUGAAGUUCUCGCCGAACGUCGUCCGCCUGGAUAUUUCUUCUUCAAACUUUCCGAACCUGUCGUUUUACGAUCUUCCCGGGGUCAUCAGCCAAGCGGAGUUUGAAGAAGAGCGCUAUCUAGUUUCUUUGGUCGAAAACCUCGUCAAGGAUUACAUCUCGCAGAGUAAUUGCAUUGUUCUCUUGACCCUGCCCAUGACAGAUGACGCUACCAACUCCAGCGCUGCCCGCCUCAUGCGGGAUGUACGCGGGGCUAAUUCCCGCACUCUCGGCGUCCUCACCAAACCUGACAGAAUCCAGUGUGGAGAGUCUUACGAGCAGUGGACUGAGAUCCUGGAGGGUGACAAAUUUCGACUUGGCCACGGAUACUACGUUGUUCGCAAUAACCCGGACCCUAACAUCGAACAUUCAAAAGCUCGGGAAGAGGAGACCGCUUUCUUCGCCUCAGACCCAUGGGCCACUGAUCUCACUGCAUACCAGGGAAGAUUCGGCACUAGAAAUCUGCAAACCGCUCUUUCCAGUCUGCUUCUCGAGCAAAUCCAAGACUGCCUGCCCAGUAUCAUCGAAAAGAUCGAGGAGAAGGCCAAUCGUAUUGAUAACGAGCUGAGCACACUUCCAGUCCCACUUUCGGGAAACAUCCCUUACAUCUUGUGCGGCCAUAUGAACAGAUUAAAGGAGGCCAUCCGUGCUAAUAUUGAUGGGGGCUCGUCACAGUAUCCCCUCCAGAAACGAUGGGGUCGCAUUGCUGUAGAUUUCAAAAGGGCCCUCACCAAGACCCGGCCAAUCGUUCAAAUCCUGACCGAGCGUGAGAAAAAGAUGUAUAUUGACGAAGAAGACGACGACUCUGACUGCUACGAGCUCAACGCGCAACGACCAGUCAAGCGACCUCGAACCAGCGUAACAGCCCCUCUGCCCUCCACCGAAAUCAAACCUUCGAAGUCGCCAGCUCCCAAACAGUCAGGUUACAACUUCACUUGUUUCGAAAUGUUCGACAAACCCGCCAAGAUGUUCACUUGGGACGAAAUUCGAGAGUUCAACGAAGACUCGUGUCGCGCAGGUAUCCCAGAUCAGAUUGACCCAAGGACUGUUGAGAUCUUGAAUCAAAAGAGUGUUGAACAUUGGUCGAAGCCGAUGGAAGUGUUCCUCCAGGCGACGCACUAUCUCGUGAGAGAGAUGUUGAUGCAGCAGCUGGAGAACGUCUUUGCUCAAUACCACCAGACGAGUUUGUACCGCGAACUAAGGAAGAUCAUGGAAAGCUAUCUUCAGAAGCUGAAGACCGAGCACUUCCAGCAUGCGGCAGAGACGUAUGAAAUCGAACACAACAAGCCAUUUACAAUGGCGACCUCGGCGUUGGAACAAGCCCGCAACGAAUCUUACAAGCUUCUUGCCACGCGCCGUCGUGACGCGAGGGUUGAUUGUUAUCUGAGGAACAAACGCAAGAUCGCACCCGCAGAUCCCCGCUGGGAAGCGGAAGGGAAGAAGGUUACGGAUGCCGAGCUCAAGGUCGAUUCGUAUCCCCAGGAGGUCCGCGCUAUGGCAACGUCUCGGGGAUACUACGAAGUGGCUAGCUCGCGGUUUAUCGACGUGGUGUGCCAAAGCGUGCAUACGAAGUUGUUCUCCAAGUGCCGCGAGGAGCUCAUCCAUGUGAUUGAGUCCGAGCUGCGCAUAUUUGACGACAAUGCUCUCGAUCGGUGCCUCGAGCUGAUGGCCGAAGACCCGGAGCGACAACGGCGGCGGACUUACCUCGUCCGCGAGAAGAACAAAAUCACCAAGGCUCAGCAGUGGCUUGCGACGGUGCGGAAAGAAGACCAGAUGGAUACCCCCAUCAAGUCUCAACCCCCUGGUGACUGGGCUGACCUUGAUGGAGCAGUCUGA